AUUGAACAAUUAGUUCAGACACUUCUUUUCCUUCCAAUUUUACCUCUUCUCUCUCGUAUACGCAUCUUUUAUACCGUAAUGUCCAGAGAAUGGCUUUACAUCCAAUCUCAAAGCAAUUUCCUUGAAAAGGGGAAGAAAUGGAAAGUACAGCCUCUUCAGACGACACGUCAGUGUCAGCCUCAACGGACCAGCAAACAGAACAUGGGCCUUCAGCAGGUCAAACUAGCUCUACAAACAGAUCACCUUCUGGUGAUAGGGAAAACACAGCAGAGGAUUCAGGGGGGGGGGAAGGAGGAAGGAGCAGGGACAAUGUCACACGAUUCAGAUACAGAUUUGGAAGGGGACAGCGACAAGGGGGAGGAGGAAUGGGAGGAGGAAGAAGGGGAGGACGAACCGCAGACAGUAGCACGGUGGAUUAAGCACGUUCACAAGCUGAAGUGGGAGAGACACAUUGAAUGUGAGAUUCGUCUGGCACACCACAAGCAUUUGCGCAAUUUGAAACAAGCCACAACAGCGGGGGAUGACAUCACAACAGCAAACAAAUUUGAAAGACUGAAGAAUGAGCAGGAGGUUAAUGAGUUCUACGCUACGCAAUAUGGAUGGAAGGCUAGGCUGGACAAGAAUGACAUCACGGUGCAUAAUGCGGGGUCUUUGGCACUAAUUACAGUGAAGGACAGUCACUGCGAGCAUGAUAUAUUGAAGGAACGUAUCACAAAAGAUCUGCCCUCGCAGGCACACGUCAUUGGGGACCUCAAGCAUGAUAGGGAAGAAUGGGAAGACGCGGCGGGUACAGCGCACAUGGUGGACUACAAGCCACUCAUGAUCAAGCUGCAGGAAAAGCCAGUGUUGGCUGAGGGAUUGAUCUGGAUGCCAUGGCAAGUGGUGGAGACGAUUCCUUAUGGAUUGUUGGGGGGUUCGGAGGCGGCAGAAUGGGUGGCAAGGGGAGCGGCCAUAGUGACCAAAAGUAACGUGUAUUUCAUGGCAGUCGGACUACAUCGACGGAAAGAUCGAGAUCCUGGCUACAACAGUAGAGGAAUGGGCGAGAUUGGCGUGAAGGGUGGGAAGGUUGACGACGACGACGACGACAACAACAACAACAACAACAACAACAACAACAACAACAACAACAAUAACAACAACAACAACAACAACGACAACAACAACAACAACAACGGCGAGCAGCAAAUGGCCGAAAUCGGCGGGACGGGCGUGGAGGACGAUGACAACAACAACGAUGGGGUCGCUCAUCUGCAGCAGGGUGAUGGAGACCAAGCAGAUGAGUGGGAGGCGGAGCAGGGGUUCAUGACAGAGGCGGCGGAUGUGGUGGAGGAGAUGCUGGGAAUGGGCGAGAUCGGCGAGAAGGGUGGGAAGGUGGACAUCAACAACAACAACAACAACAACAACAACAACAACAACAACAACGAUAACAACUUCAACAACGACGGCGAGCAGCCAAUGGGCUAAAUGGGCGAGACGGGAGUGAAGGAUGGUGGCAAUCACAAUAACAACACUGAUAACAACAACGACGGUCAACAGGGAUUGGGCGAAAUGGG